GCUUCCCGUUCCUUUGUCUCCUUUUCCCUUGUCACACCCGUGCUGGUCAAUCGGAUUCCCAGUCUUUGGCGCCUAGGACGUUCAAGAAUCAAGUUGGCAGAAUGGUUGCGAGCAACCCUUUAUUCACUGGACGAUGGACCAUCAAACGGUUUCAAGCCACAGUCAUUAAUGACAUUUGGCCAGAGGUCCUUUUCUUCACAGCGGUCGCGACCAUGGUCACGACCGUAACCUAUUUGACCAAAGACCCGAACAUCAAACUGGGUAUCGCACCCAGUCUCUUGACUGUUCUCGGUACAGUCCUCGGUUUGGUUAUCUCUUUCAGAACGUCUUCAGCAUAUGAGAGAUAUCAAGAUGGACGAAGGAUGUGGACCAAUAUCAACACCGCCUGCAGGAAUUUGGGACAGAUGAUCUGGAUCCACGUUCCUUCUACCCGCCCUGGAAAGGAUGGUCAGCCCGGCUCCACAGAGCUUGAAAUUAUGAUUGAGAAGAAGUCUAUGAUCAACUUGGUUCAAGCCUUCCCCGUGGCAGUAAAGCACUUCUUGCGCGGAGAACAAGGAGUGUACUACGAGGACUUGUAUCCCCUCAUUUCCUUCUUACCCCGUUACGCCAACGGCCAACCACACCACGAUGACCGACUUCCUUUGUGGCACCACGAAGAAUCACCCAGAGAACAUGCAGCUGAGCAACGUGCAGGCCGACAUGAUCGUGAUGCCACGGUUGUUGGCGAGAAAGAGAACAACGGAAGCCGUUCGUCUUCUCGGAGUGGAAAACAAAAGAAGCGAAAGGAUAACUUCGACCCUGAGGCUGCCCUUCCCGACGUUGAAAGUGAUAUCCCAUUGAAGCCAGCGCGUAAUCCGCCCAAAACCACUAUCUUCGACUUCAUUCCUCUUUUGCGACUUCUGCGCUGGGGUAUUCGCCGCAUUCUCCGCAAGGCUCAGCCAGGUGAACAACGCAGGAGGAAGAAGCAGCACGUCAACGUUGAGAGCAAUGUCCCGCUCGAAAUCUCCCUGUUCCUGUCCAAUUAUAGCGCCUUCUUGAUGCGGAGUGGACUUGUCCAGCCUGCCAUUGCGACUGCAAUCACGAAUAACCUCGGUGUCCUUCAGGAUACAUUGUCCCACUUGGAGCGUAUCUGCAAUACGCCGUUGCCCUUCGCUUACCAGGCCCAUCUCCGAAUGUCGCUCUGGCUCUAUCUCCUCUUCCUUCCGUUCCAAAUCGUGGACAACAUGCAGUGGAUCACCAUCCCUGGAACUGCUUUCGCGUCGUUCUUGCUCCUUGGUUUCUUGGAAAUCGGACAGGAGAUCGAAAACCCGUUCAACUACGACUUGAACGAUCUUGAUCUCGACUACUUCUGCCUCGACAUCCAACGUCAGCUCCAUGAGAUCACCGCCCACACUAACCCUCUUCCCACCGACUUUAUCUACUCUCCUCUCAACCAGCCCUUCGCUCCUGCUGAUAAGCGCAGCGCGCCAGAUCUGGUGGCACUUGGGCCGAACUAUAUCGCGCCAGAGGGCGACGCUCGACCCGGCAUGGAGAGCGUCCGUCGAACCUUGGUCCGAAGCUGGAAGAACGUCGACAUCCUCACUCGCAAAUCGUACUAGAUCCCCGGGUCUUUGUACUUCCUCUGUUGUCUAUUUCUAUUUCAAGUUCACUUUCUUGGCACCGGUUUUCUUGGGUUAAACGCACUUCAGUUUUUGAUUGGUACCAUUCUCAAUUCUAGGGUUCAGGUUUUGGGUUUGUUUCGUCGGGGUUAGUGUUGAGUCGCUAACGUGCGGGCUGAGGGUUGUCGUGUUGCUUUCCCCCCUUCUUUUAUUCCUCCUUCUAGACUCGUAAACGUGUUGAACUUAUUCGUAAUGAGUUCCUUGACUUCAUCCUUCCCAUCAUUUUCACCAACUAUAGCUAUCAUUGCCGAAAAGUUCGUUACAUCCUCUUAUUGCUCGUUGUGAAAGCACGGCUAUUACACUCGUUUUAAUCAAUAUCGGUCGUGUACGUCGCUGUGCACAAAAAGAAA